AGGCGGGCCAGCGGCUUUUACGAGGCAACGGCAGCGCCAGCGAAUGGGGCGGCUGGCCUGUGUGAGGCGGCGCCGUCGUCGGUGGCGUUCUCCUCAGAAGCAGCAGCAACAGCAACAGCAGCAGCGCUCGGAGCUGCCCGUCGUGUUCAUGGAGGCUCCUCCUCCUCCGGCCUUGCCUACAGGUGGCGGCGGAAGUGACGGUCAGUGUGGGAUGCUUGCCGUUGGGGGAAGAUGGCGGCGGUGGCGGAGGCUGUGCUAGGCAGAGACGGAGGUAAACAACGGAGCGGGAAGGGAGGCUGAGGCAGGGAGGAGCGGGUCCGGGGCCGAGAGGCCGCCCUUCCGCCAGGCUCCCGCCUCCUCUCUCCCCCGCCUUUAUGUUUCCCAGAGAGGCCCCUCUCCUCACGGCCAGCGUCUCCGGCGAUGCUGAGAGAAAUCUUCCACCCUUACAAUUGUCCAUGGUGGCUGGGACCUCUGGUGGUUAAAGUUGAAAACAUCUGGAAGAUCAAGGAUUGAGAACCACCAUACGGAACAGCUGUGGCAAAGAUACAAGUCUAGAGAUGUUGCUAUAGGUGAUUCAUGGCAGGGGACGUGGAAGGAUUUAGUUCCUCCAUCCAUGACACCAGUGUCUCUGCUGGGUUCAGAACACUGUAUGAGGAAGGAUUGCUUCUUGACGUCACUCUUGUUAUUGAGGAUCACCAGUUUCAGGCUCAUAAAGCAUUGCUUGCCACCCAAAGCGAUUACUUCCGGAUUAUGUUCACUGCUGAUAUGAGGGAACGAGAUCAGGACAAAAUCCACUUGAAAGGUCUGACUGCUACUGGCUUCAGUCAUGUUCUACAGUUUAUGUACUAUGGAACCAUUGAACUGAGUAUGACCACCGUUCAUGAGAUCCUGCAAGCUGCCAUGUAUGUCCAGCUUAUUGAAGUGGUGAAGUUCUGCUGUUCUUUUCUCUUAGCAAAGAUCUGCUUGGAAAACUGUGCAGAAAUUAUGAGACUUUUAGAUGACUUUGGUGUAAACAUCGAGGGAGUCAGAGAAAAACUGGAUUCCUUUUUGUUAGAAAAUUUUGUGCCUCUCAUGGCUAGACCAGACUUCUUGUCCUAUCUGAGCUUUGAAAAGCUUAUGAAUUAUUUGGAUAAUGAUCGUCUGAGCAGGUUCCCAGAGAUAGAGCUCUACGAGGCUGUUCAGGCUUGGCUACGACAUGAUAGAAGACGCUGGAGGCAUACCGACACCAUUAUUCAGAACAUCAGGUUUUGUUUGAUGACACCAUCCAGUGUUUUUGAAAAGGUGAAAACAUCUGAAUUUUAUCGUUACUCCCGGCAAUUGCGGCAUGAGGUGGAACAAGCUAUGAAUUACUUCCACAGUGUGCACCAGCAGCCUUUGAUGGAAAUGAAAUCAAAUCGCAUCCGUUCUGCCAAACCCCAGACUGCAGUAUUUAGAGGAAUGAUAGGACACAGCAUGGUAAAUAAUAAGAUCCUUCUCUUACACAAGCCAAGGGUCUGGUGGGAGCUAGAAGGCCCACAAGUACCUUUACGACCAGACUGCCUUGCUAUUGUCAAUAACUUUGUAUUUUUAUUGGGUGGGGAAGAAUUGGGACCAGAUGGCGAAUUUCAUGCUUCUUCAAAAGUGUUCAGAUAUGAUCCGAGGCAAAACUCUUGGUUGCGGAUGGCAGACAUGUCUGUGCCACGUUCAGAAUUUGCUGUUGGUGUUAUUGGAAGGUACAUCUAUGCAGUGGCUGGAAGGACAAGAGAUGAAACAUUUUACUCAACUGAACGUUAUGAUAUAACAGAAGAUAAAUGGGAAUUUGUGGACCCCUAUCCGGUGAAUAAAUAUGGACAUGAAGGAACUGUUCUUGGCAACAAGUUAUAUAUCACUGGCGGAAUAACAUCCUCUUCCACCUCCAAGCAGGUCUGUGUGUUUGAUCCCAGCAAGGAAGGGACUGUGGAGCAGCGAACAAGGAGGACUCAAGUGGUCACCAAUUGUUGGGAAAACAAAUGUAAAAUGAAUUAUGCAAGAUGUUUUCACAAGAUGAUUUCUUAUAAUGGCAAACUUUAUGUUUUUGGAGGCGUCUGUGUAAUCCUAAGGGCCUCUUUUGAGUCUCAAGGGUGCCCUUCCACAGAGGUUUAUGAUCCAGAUUCUGAUCAGUGGACUAUUUUGGCUUCUAUGCCAAUUGGAAGAAGUGGUCAUGGUGUAGCUGUCCUGGACAAACAGAUAAUGGUUCUUGGGGGACUUUGUUACAAUGGUCACUACAGUGAUUCAAUUCUCACUUUUGAUCCUGAAGACAAUAAAUGGAAAGAAGAUGAAUAUCCAAGAAUGCCUUGCAAGCUAGAUGGCUUACAAGUUUGUAGCCUGCACUUUCCUGAGUAUGUACUGGAACAUGUUAGGCGAUGCAGCUAAAAGAAGAAGAACCAAAAAGCUGUUUAUAUGUGGAAUAGGACAAAGGGGUAGGAAAGGGGGGCGGGAAACAGAUUUAAACCCACUGAAGAAAUUAUCCUGUGUAAUACACCUCAUAUUAAUAAAGAGAAGAAAAGAGUGUACAGGGAAUGCAUCUACCAAGUUAAUUAGGAAUGCCAAUAACUGUGGUUUUGUUUUUUGUUUUUUGACAUGCCCUUACUGUGUGUUCUGAGAGGGAAGAAAGUAGAAGUUCUUCCAUUUCAUGUGCUUUAAUUCCAUUUAAUAUAUUCAUUCUGUGUGAGUGAAGACAACACAUGCUUCAGGAAACACUGGAAUAUACUGUAUUUGCAAGGUGGGUCAAGAGCAUAUAUAUUGUAUUGUGCGUUUUAACUUUUUAAACUGUGUCAGGAAAAAAAUCAGCAGUCUUACUAGAAUAGCCUGACUUCACAUGUAGAAGUGAAAGAGGCCUUUUAAUUUGUUCCUGUACAUUGCCCACUCUUUCAAUCUUUUUCUUUUGGUUUAUAUGCCUCCGUAUGAAGUUUGACACUCCUCACUUUGGCUCUCGUGACAAUUCAAACAUUUUCAAUUUUUUGCAUGAUGUUCCCCUUCGUUUUGUGGAGUUCCAGUAAGUCUGCUGAAAAAUAUACAUUUCUUAAAAAUAACACUGAACGUUUUCUACUAAAAUAAAUUCUAGGCUGCCUUUUGUCUGCAUUGUGGUUUGUGAAUAAAAUAUACCUACGAACACAUACAGGAAUACAGUAUUAGGAACAAGAUGCAAUGCAUAUUUUAUGUGCAGUUCUAAAAGUCUAUUUUUACCUAAUACAUGGAUAUCAGUCAUAUCUGUUGAAUUUUAGCUGUAAUAGCACCCAUUCAUAUAUUUAAACUCGUUGGGUGAUUGGAGGCCUCAUUCUAUCAAUAUAAACUUUUAUACUUGAUAUAUAUAUAUAUAUACUGAUUGAUUCAGUAACACUUGAAAUCCUUUUAAAGCUAAUUAUAUGAUGUUGAGGCUGCACUUUUUCAUCUUUUUGAAAACAAGCCAGAGAUCCCAACUCAUUUGGUCUUUUCUUCUUGAAGUACGUAUCCAAGAUGUGUAUAAUGAUCCCUAACUUUUCUGCGUGAAGGGUGGCUGCGCUCUCCCUUAGACAUUAUAGUUAUAAAAAUUAAAAUGAAAUAGUUCUUUGCACUGAUUGAGAUCUUUUAAAAAACUGUUGAUUUGAGAAAACAUAUUUUAUUUUCAACUUAAUUUGAAACAUAACUGCUGACUUCACAGUUCUUUUAGGGAUGCCUGGGGUGUCUGAGCAACUGCCUGUUAUAAGCACUUUUUAAGAUUACAGAUAUAUCUGUAAAUUAGUGGAUUAUAUCACUAAAAAUAUAUCUAGUACUGAGCUGAAAUCCUGUCAUUUCAGUAGCUGUCACGUGUAAAAAUGUUUUUCAAAACUUGCUUUGGUGAUUUCAGGGUUACUUAUACUGUGCAAACUGUUGCGAAGGCAUAAUGGUAGCUCACCCAAACCAUUGAGGCAGAAACACUACAAUUUCGUUACAGCAUUUCCGAGUUGGAAAUCACUAUAUGUAUUGGAGUCCAAAAGUAUGCAUGUUAGAAGUUCUCAAAACCCCUACUGUAUUAAAUAGAAAAAAACAUUUGACUAAAGACAAUAAAUGAGCAACUGAAAUGUUAUAAUUCUGUCCAUUACAGAGGAUUAUUAUAGAGAUAAUCUAUAUUUCUAUUGACUAAGGUGCUAGAAUAUUUUAAAUAAUUACUUGAUCUAACUUUCUCAUUGCCUUCCAAUAGCAAGCCAGUUUAUUGACACUUGUCAACCAAUAGUUGUGUGUUCAGAAAUAUGAAAUUACAUGUCCUAAGCAGAAGCAACUACUGUACGACGUUUAUGGCACAGACCAAAUAUGCAUGUACUGUUCCUAAAAUGAUAUUAUUCUAUAACCAGCGUAUAUAAAAUGAUGUUUUCAUCUGUUUUGGAUUAACUAUCUUUUAUUGAGAAAUGGGCAAAAAUAUAAAGUAGGCAACCUGUAUCUUCAAAUGAAAUUGAAUUCAAACAAAAAUGACACGGGAUUGAGAAAGUUCUACUCACACUUUUUCUGCCUAUCACACUAUGCUAAUGUUACAAGCUCAAGGAUUUUUUAAAAAGGGUUAGAGGGCAUUCAUUUACUCAGCCUGUUGUCCAAAGCAGCACAGUUGAGCAACAACUAGCUUGUGCUGUACAUUUGAACUCUAAAAAAACACCCUCCAUUAAUUCUAUUGCAUUGUUUAACUUUUAUCACAACAGCACCAUAUAAGUAACAUAUUUCCUCAUUAUUUUUGACACUUUGAAGGAGCUUUGCAUAGCACAACUCAUUCGAACCCAAAAUAUAUAACCUACAUACCAGUUCAUGAUGUAGAAAGCCACUGCUGUUUCAGAAUUUUAAUUUCUCAUAUUUAGAGUUCAGUAAUACUUAAGAAUCAGAAGACACUACGAGGUUCUUGAUAACCUCCUGUGUGCAACUGCAGACCUAUUUAUUAAAAUCAUUACAUUGGUCAGUGAGGGGGGAAAACCCAACUGAGCAAUAUUAAGGCCAACUGAAAUGUCUCAAGUGUUCAACAUGUCAGGUUCUCCAAAGGUCUUCAUCAGGAACUUGAAAGCUUGGACCCUCUUUCUCAGAUUAAUGUGUGUGCGUGCGUGGGGACAAUUUUGAGUAAAUAAAACUAAAAUGUCUUUGUAUUUAUUUCCAAUAUUUCUAUCCCGCCCUUCUCACUCCUUCUGAUUCUAUAUUGCAUCAUUGUAUUUUGUGCAGAUAUAAUGGUGGCUCUCUGUACACUGAUUUUCUGAAUUCUAAAUUGUUUUUAAAUGACAAACAUGUAAAUCAUUGAAAUUGUCACUUACACCUCCUCCCUUUGCCUACAGCUCCCCUCCAGUCACCCUGCCCACAUACCACACUGAUGAUUUAACUGUUAUGAAAGUCCAUUUGUAUCUAUACCCAUAUAAAGAGAGGCGAGGCAAUCAUGUAAAAGAGAAAAGGGGAAUGAUAAAAUAGAGCUAGACAAAAAGGGUGAUACUUGUGUAACAUUGCUUAAAAUGUCAAUUCAGUGGUUGAACAGCUAGAAGAAGAUGGACCAGAGAUUUAGAUACUUUUUGCCCAUGUCCCUUUGAUGGAAUGUGCUUUACCUUUUUGUGACAGUCUCAGUGGUAUUUACUCUUCUGUGUGCAGGAUAGUCAGGGAAUUUCAGUUUUACAAGAUACUGCUUUUGGCCACUUAAGACAUUACUGGUUCCCAAGUUAAUUUUAAGACUAGUUCAAACAAUUCUUCACUGGCUGCUUAAAAUUUUGUUCACCUUGCCACAGAGAAACAUAAUUUAUUUGUUAAUGGUCUAUAAUGACAUGGUAAAAUUUCAGACAGGGUGCCAUAGAAAUAUAAUGUGGCUUAAAGGAACAAGACUGAUUUUAAAUGUCUUUAAAAGCCUGUUUGGCAUAUAACAUAGAUCUUGGGUUUAGCACUAUAUGCACAAGUAGGAGCAAAGUUUAGACAUUUUACAAGUUCUGGUUUUAUGGACUACUUUCAGUAUUACAAAAGCAUGAUCAGAAAUGAAGUAUUUGGUGUAGACAUAAAACACAUUUUCACCAGUUAUGUGGAACUUCAGUGAUUGUACCUGACUCCUGUGCUCCAUUCCACCAUAAUAGUUGAAGACUGGCUGCCUACUGGCAACCUACAUGUUUAUAUGCAAACAAACCCAGUGUGUUCACUGUAGCUUAACUUCAAACUAUGCUGCAUGGGACCAUGAGCAAUUUCAUAUCUUUUUUUUUCAUGUCAGGAGCAACCAGAGUUGCUUCUGAAGUGAGAGAAUUGGCCGUCUGCAAGGAUGUUGCCCAGGGGACGCCCGGAUGUUUUGAUGUUUUACCAUCCUUGUGGGAGGCUUCUCUCAUGUCCCCGCAUGGAGCUGGAGCUGAUAGAGGGAGCUCACCUGCGCUCUCCCCGGGUGGGAUUCGAACCUGGCAGCUUUCAGGUCAGCAACCCAACCUUCAAGUCACAAGGCUUUUAUCCCUUAGGCCACCAGAGGCUCCGAUUUCAUAUCUGCCCAAAUAUUUCUUUUACUUGUUAACAUGGUGGCUAUCAUUGAUAUACAACGUAUUUCCUAUUGUUCAAAUUACCAUGUUACUGGUUUAAACAUUCUUUAUAUUGCCUAAGUAGGCCUGUUCUUAAUGGAGAAGUGUGUGGAGGAGUGGUAUGGAAGAACCUGUUCUACUUCAAGGUAGUCAUUUUUCUGCACUGCUGUCAGUAUCUUCUAUCACCUACUUAGGGUGUAUCUAUACUGUAGAAUUAAUGCAGUUCAACAUUACAUUAACUGCCAUGGCUCAAUGCUAUGGAAUCAUGGGAGUUCUAGUUUUAGAAGGUCUUUUGUCUUCUAUGCCAGAGUGCUGGUCCCUCACCAAAGUACAAAUUUCUGAAUGCUAUUACAUUGGACCAUGGCAAUUAAAGUGUCAAACGGCAUUAAAUCUACAUUUUAUAUGCAUCUUCAGUCAAAUAUAUUUAGCUAACCUCUUCUGGUCUGACCCUCCUCUAACCAGGUAGGAAUGUCAUUCAUCUGUGCUCCUAUUAGCAGCAAAUGAGCAUCCUUCUCAUGCGGGUAAUGCCUUGCACUGUAGAUGUGGGUCAGUAUGUUUAUAAUUGUGCCAAUAGUGUCACAACCAUGACUAAGUAGCAGUCAUGACUACGGAACAGUUACCUAGGUGUACUCAUCUGUAAUUGUUAUGUAUUCACAACCACUACUUAGCCAUAACUGUGACACUUGCCAUGGUUGUAAACUCCAUGGCACCUACAGUGCCAACCAUUAUUUGCAUUAGCAGAAGGCCCAAUCUGCCAGGGAUCAGAGCAUGGAUGAAAUUUCUAUCAGUUUGAAUGAUUGGGCCAGGGGAGUUUACUCAACUAAAAAGCUAACACUGAAUACUGGCAUAUAUUAUUAAGAAGCACUAGAAUUUGUCAGAUGUGCAUUCAUAGUUUUAGUGGUUAAGGACAUGGUGUGGUUGCUGUUUCCAAGUUUAAUUUUUGGCAUCUGGAAACGUUAAAAACCUAAAGAGCUGCUGCAGUCAGUAGGAGCAGUACUGAGGUAGCUAACAAUGAGUUCAGUGGUUUACAUUUGAAUUGUGAUGACAGCUGGGAUUCUUAAGUAGUGCCAAAACAAAUAGUCAAACUACAAGCUUCAAUAUGGACAGCAACCACAAUCCAGAUUUUAAUAGCUGUUUAAUCUGCACUGUAUUGUAAGACCACUACUUCACUCAUGAUGGCUAUAUAUAGAGUUUAGUAGUUAUGGAGGAACAUGUUUUACCUUGAUAGAAAGCUUUGGUUUUCUAGCUAGAAAAUGCUGCUGCUCAUGUUCCACUUAAGGUCUAAGGCUCUCUGAAGAACUUGGUGUCUUGGAUCUAGAAAUAUUUCUAUAUUCUGUAUACUAACACAAAAGCUGAAACUUGAUUUUUAGUGGUAGGAGUGCAAAGGUUUUCCAGUUAUCUCUGUAGUCUAAAAAACCUUUAAAAGUUCAGCUUCUCACAUCAAUGCAGCUUGAUUCUAUAUUUUCCCCAGACCAGAGGUACAAAAAGUGCAGCCAGUCUAAGAUCCCCUCCUUCCCAGCUCUGGAAAAUGAGAAAAAUAGAUUUUUUAAUGGAAAAUCAAAACUGCAAGAAUGUUGCAUCACUUGCUGUGCUGGGAGUGGCUUAUCCCUGCCUUAGACAAGCUUUACAUUAUAAAAGCUUGCAAACACCUACACAUCAAAUAAAAAUAUAGCUAUGUUCAUUAUUAGUGUUAAGCCAGUUUAAUCACUGCUAGAAAAAUACUGAUUCAAAACUUAAUAUUACAGAGUCCUGCCACUGCUAGUUAUUAAAUGAAAAAAAUACUAUUUUCUUAAUAGUUUUUCUUUCCAGGAAUUGCUCCUGUUCAUUCUGCACAGAGCAACAGUUGGUUCAACAAGAUUGCUCAUGUGUGGGAUAAUUUGACAGCCAAUAUACAAGUGAAUAAAGUAAUUGGAUGUUUAAAAUGUCAGACUGGGAAAAAUCCUGUUUUGUUAUGUUGUGUCUUAUCAGCUUUUUGUUCAGGUUGUAUAGAAAAGAGUCGAAGAAGAAAAAUAAUUGUGACUGGAAUAAUAUUCUUUGCUGGGUUUCUUCAACUGUCAAUCUUAGAAACCACUGAAAGUCUGGAAGAAAUAUUAGUAAAAAUAUUACUGGGAACAGCAGUGACAGAAAGAGUUAAAUCUGUAUAAUCCAGUGUUGCUUUGCAGUGAGGAUGUGGUGGCAAAUAUUUCAUACAUGAUGUUAUUGACAGCUUAAUUUGAAGAAAAAAUUGAUAUGUGCUGUAGCAAUUCAAGUAUUUUGUUUAAAUAAUAAUAUCUUUAUUAUUGUAUCCCGCCACCAUCUCCCCAAAGGGACUCGUGGCAGCUUACGCAUGACACAAGAUGCCUAAAAACAACAUAAAAUGAAACACAAUUUAAAAUACAAUUAAAUAAAACAGAAAUAUAAAACAACUAAAAUUCAAUUAAAACAGCACUCAUCAACCAAACACAGACUCCAAAGUGCACUACCAGGAGACUUUUCUAGUAACUUCCGGAGCUGCUAUAAAACUCUUUAAAAAAAAAAACUUUCUAGAUAUAGUUUUCCUUUCCACUGGUUUGCAGACUUUAAUUUUGUUCAUGCUGUGAAUGCAUUAUGUUCAGACAUGUUUUAUGAAUUCUAUUGUUUUUAAAAGAAAGGAUGUAAAAUUGUAUAUAAAGUAAAAUGUAAAUAAAAUAUUUUUAAUCUUUA